CCUAGCAUAUAGCAUAAUAGAGAGAAGGAGGGGAGGAACUUUGACCCAGCUCGAGUUAGCAGCUGUUUUUCUGUCAUAUUUUCUUAUUGUAUGUGUGUUGUCUCAUAUGCAGAAGGAUGUGGUUUAUUUAUUUACUCAGCUGGUUGUCGUUGGUCAUCCAGAUAUCCUUCGUCACUCUUGCAAUAGCUGCUGGCCUGUACUACUUGGCAGAACUAAUAGAAGAAUACACAGUAGCCACCAGUCGAAUAAUAAAGUACAUGAUAAUGUUCUCGACAGGCGUGUUGGCCGGUCUUUAUGUUUUUGAAGGCUUCCCAGUGUUGAUGGUGGCAGUCGGCCUCUUCACUAACCUGGUCUACUUCGGCCUCCUGCAGACAUUCCCCUACAUACUGCUGAGCUCCCCUAACUUCAUCCUCUCAUGCGUGUUGGUGGUGGUGAACCAUUACAUGGCCUUCCAGUACUUCGCACAAGAGUAUUAUCCAUUCUCAGAGGUAUUGGCGUACUUCACCAUCUGCCUGUGGGUGAUCCCCUUCGGCUUUUUUGUGUCACUGUCAGCGGGGGAAAAUGUUCUUCCAUCCACCAUGCAACAAGGAGAUGAUGUGGUGUCUAAUUACUUCACCAAGGGCAAGAGGGGGAAGAGGUCCGGGAUACUCCUCAUAUUUUCUUUCCUCAAGGAGGCAGUGCUGCCCAGCCGACAGAAAAUGUACUGAGGAGCUGGACUUGGGGAGGGGUGCGGCCUUGGAGGGGCUCGGGGGUGUUUGUGAGUGUGUGUACGCUAGAAGAAGAUGAUGAAGGGGAAGCUUGGAAGGACUGUGGAAAUGUUUUUUUUUUUUUUGGAUUGAACUAAAAGUGAAAGCAGAUGAAUUGGCGGGAGAUGGAGAGCACACGAAGAGGACGGACCAAUGAGCAGAACAGAGCUUCCUGCGGGACGAGCCGACGAGUUUACACACGGGCCAUGUUCGUCUGUCUUUGUCUUUCUGUUAGUUUGUACUGACUGCCAACAACAUCUACUAGAGACCUUUUGCUGAGGGGGUCGAGCCUGUAGCGCAACGCUUUCUUAUCGUAACUUUGGACUCCUCCAUUUUUUUUUAAAUGUUGGUAUUAAAGUAUUUACGUGCAGCGUCUGAAAUUAACAACCACCACAAACCUGUAAAUUUGAACUUUUGGUAGGUCAAUCAUUAUCAAAUUCUUUUUGACACUGUCUGAAAGCUUAAAGACAUCUACAUCCGUCUCCUCAGAUGACAAACAGCAGGUUGGAGAUAAGACAGACAGACAGAUUAAAGGUCCUUUUUUUCAGCCGAAUCUUGAAGUCCAAACUUGGAUUUUUGGUGUUAAGCGACCCUCGAGAGUGUUUAAGUGGCAAACCAGCUGCAGGAAGUGCCACAGGUCGCCACAGAAGUGCUUAUUAGGAUUAUUUAAAAUAAGGAAGGUCAGUGUGUAUAGAUAAGUUAUCAGCUGACGUCCUGUUCUGAUUUACAAGGUGUGACAUGGUAUAAAUACUCUAUGCCCUGUCUAUUAAAACAAAAGAAGAAGGGGCGGGGGUAAUAAAGGCACUUGAGAAGGAUUUCAUACUCUUACAAAUUAAAACACCCACAAAUCAAGGUGACCGCCAACAAAUGAGCUUUGUGAGUUUUCAUCUACACCUUCAAUUAAUCGAACCUGCCCAUCUUUUUUAGGCCGUUUUUAAGAAUCCACAGUAGUAAUAAUAAUAAUAAUAAUAAAGAACUGUUUUUUGUACAUUGAUUGGUGCGUUAAAACUGACAUUGGAGUCAAAUGAAAACACUUAUGAAGAUCGAAAGCUGUGCAAUGAGUCUUUGUAAGCUUACGAGGGGUGUCGGGAGGGACAAAAGCUGCUGAAGUGGUUUGAUCAAAGUACUAUUAAAGAAGCCGUUAUGUGGGAUCUGAAAUUCUUUUUACUAAUUACUGAGUGAUUUUUUUUUUUAAAUUUUGAUCAUAGGCUGGUAUGCACACAA